AUGUCUUCCCACUCAUUACUCCUCUGCCUUCUCAUCUGUAUUGUCCUUUCCAUCGACGAUGUCUUCUGUUACGCCACUUAUAAACUACGACGUGAGCUUUUCAACUCUUCUCCUAGUAAUAUCAGAAUCUUUUCAGCUAGAAAUCAGAGAUUUGCCGCGUUCAAUCAACUUCUCAACGCAAUUCCAGUAGUGCCAAAAAUGAUAUUCUAUCCGCAAGCUCCACCUGGAAGUGCAAACAAACUCAACUGA